AUGCCGACGUGGGUUGUCGUGAUGCUGGCGGUGAUCGCCGGCAUUCUUGCCGUCUUACUCAUUCUCAUCCUGUUCUUCUGCAUUCGGUCCAAGGAUAAGAAACAGCCGCCGUCGCCUGCCGAGCCGAACCGACGCCUCCCGACACGAGCGGAGAGCAGUGAGUUUUCACCGUGUACACAAAAAACCCUCAUUUUCUCUUAAUACAGCAAUUGGGAUCAGACCGAAGAUUCCAAAUCCAAUCUACACUAUCAACACAGUCCGUGCGGAGAGAGAAGGCACCAGUAUUGCAGAUACGUUGACCACCAGAAAACGUAAAUGAAAAUGAAAAUAGACGCUCUGUUUUUCAAUUGCUUCAAUUUCAGUAUCCCAAAUGUUUGAUUCGAAAAAACGUUUUUCUACUGCGUUCUCUCACAGAUCAGCCUACUUCGACUUUGAAAAUUCUCCACUCCCACGUCACAAGGUAUACAAAGAUUACAGGAAUUCAGUUUUUCGCACAGUUUGGGACGUUUAGGAAUAUCUGGACUUCAACGACAUUGAGAAUAUGGUGCCAACCAAGAAGCAAGUUACUACUCCGGAUCGACCCAGCAUUGACUUUCUAAACGAAAUUCACGGUAACACAAAAGAUGGGUUCUUAAAAGUUGAGAUUUAUUCAGAUAGCAACCAGAAGAGCAAGGAGGGCAAAUCAAGCGACGAGAAGAAAGGGCAGAAGUCGAACGAAAAGCGAGCUCCGGUGAAGCAAGUAUUCGCCGAGGAGGAACAUACGUCAUUCAGCCAGAAUACAAGACCGAUCUAUGCAAACUAA